AUGGCCGCGGCGCUCUUGACGCCGGGCAACACGAAACCAGCGAGUAUCACCGAUCUGCCACGGCCUGGGCAAACCAUACUGCACGAUGGGACAGAAUACACUACAAUCAAGGAAGGGCUAGCUCAUAUCCUGAUACCCCCGAAUGCAGCGCUCUCCACCGAUCCGAGGACAUUCAAGCAGCAACCUGCCGAGCAGACCCAGCAGGUCUUUUAUAACCCCAUCCAGCAAUUCAACCGAGAUCUGAGCGUUCUAGCUAUACGUGCGUUCGGCGAGGAUCUGCUUGCUAUACGGCAGCGCAAGAGCGAGAAAAGGGGAAAUAAGUCAGGCUUUAAGGAAAAGCAGCAGAAGCGUAAUGCUAGGCGAAAGCUUAUGCAGGCUACGGCGCCGGAAGAGGGCGCUGCGGAGGGCACAAUCGAGGGCGUGAAUGGAGUAAAGAGACGGAGGAUCGAUGAGGGCGGCAGCGGAACGCUUGCGGGGGACGUGGAAAUGGUGGACGCUACAGCUAAGGAGCCUGAGCACCGGCAACCUGUGGCCCACGAGGAAGUCUCUGUGGUCCCGGCCGAAGACGAUGCUGUCGAUGAAGAAGGCAUCAACGAUUCAGAUCUGCUUGCCCUGGAGAAGUCUUUAGACAAAGGCGCGACAGGUCCUGGGAAACAGCCAAGCCAAGCAGGUACAGGCCUAGGCACCACAGAAGAUCCUGGCGGAAGGCCAGGCGUACCAAUGUCACGAAGCCACUUCAAGAUACUCGACGCUCUGUCCGCUACCGGCCUCCGCGCUCUCCGCUACGCGCAAGAGAUACCCUUCAUCACCUCUGUAACUGCCAACGACUUGUCCGAGAAAGCCACAGCGGCAAUUGCGUUGAACGUGAAACACAACCGCCUCGAAGACAAGAUAGUACCAAUGACCAGCAAUGCCAUUGCGCACAUGUACAGUUUCGUUGGGCAAGAGCCCGCUGGUGGGCCAGGGCCAAAAUACGAUGUCAUCGACCUCGAUCCCUAUGGCACCGCGGUACCCUUCCUAGACGCAGCCGUGCAAGCACUCAACGACGGUGGCCUCCUCUGCGUCACCUGUACCGACGCCGCUGUCUUCGCAUCCACAGGCUACCUCGAGAAAACAUACAGCCAAUACGGCGGCCUACCUAUAAAAGGCUUCCAUAGCCACGAAGGCGGCCUGCGCCUCAUUCUGCACGCCAUCGCAACCUCCGCGGCGCGCUACGGCCUGGCCAUCGAACCACUCCUCUCCCUCUCCAUCGACUUCUACGCCCGCGUCUUUGUGCGCGUGAGAAAAAGCGGCGCAGACGUGAAAUUUUUAGCCAGCAAAACGAUGCUCGUCUACGGCUGCGACGCCGGCUGCGGCGCCUGGAGCACGCAGUUCCUAGGCCGCAACACGACCUACGAAUCCAAAAAGGGGCAGACGCUGUGGAAGUACAGCCUCGCGCAAGCGCCCUCCGCGUCGCCGUACUGCGCGCACUGUGGCUUCAAGACUCACCUCUCCGGGCCCAUGUAUGGCGGGCCGCUGCACAAUCCUGCGUUCAUUGAGAAAAUUCUCAGCUUCCUCCCUGAGCUGGACCGGGCCACGUACGAGACGACUGAGCGCAUUGAGGGGAUGCUGCGGACUGCGUACGACGAGACGCUCUUCGAUAGCCCCCAGGUUUCCGCUCCUAGCGUCCUCAACACGCCGAAGACUGCGGGUGGAAAAGCGCCUGAGCUGCCCCUUCCUUCCGUCCCAGCCUACGAAGUGGACCAUCACCCCUUCUUCUUCAGCUCCUCCCACCUGGCGGGGGUUCUGCACUGCCAAUCUCCGCCCGAAGCAGCCAUCAAAGGCGCGCUCAGGCAUGCAGGGUACCGCGCCACGCGCAGCCACGCGAAGCCCGGGGUCAUCAAGACAGAUGCAGGGUGGGAUGUCGUGUGGGAGAUCAUGAGGGAGUGGGUCAGGCAGAAAGCGCCGCUAAAGGAGGGGUCACUGAGGAAGGGGAUGGCCGGGUGGGGGAUCUUGUAUGGACAUGAUGGUACUAAGAAGAGCCUGGAGAAGGGGGUAGUGAGGAAGGAGAAGGAGGCGGAUGGCGUUGACGUUGAGAAGGCGGACGGCAAGCCAGAGCAGAACGGGCGUGGAGCCGACGGCGGUAAGGCUGCUGCGGGGGAUGGGGCCGGCGUGCCGGAUGCGGUGGAAUGUGGAGAAGCAGGGAUAGGGGCAGGGGCAGAUGCAGCUGCAGAUGCGGCGGCUAAAAGCGGGGAAGAUGCUGCAGAAGUUAAGUCUGCGUCAGGCACGAAGUUGAGGGUCGUAUUUGACGAGAAACUGGGGAAAGAUAGGGAGAGUAGGAAUCUGGUCAGGUAUCAACUGAAUCCGCGGCCGAAUUGGGGGCCGAUGAAUCGGGCUAGGUAG